AUGGGUGGUUUCGAAUAUGCACUCGUACACCUCACCUACACCAUCCCGCCCGCCGUCUUGCUGACCCUCCUCUACCUACCCCUCCUCACCCGUCUGGACCUCUACCGGAUACUCUUCUUAAUUACUAUCGCCGUUACUGCCACCAUCCCUUGGGAUAGCUACCUCAUACGGAACAACAUCUGGUCCUAUCCGGAAAAUGUCAUUGUUGGUCCGACCCUGUACUCCAUCCCAUUGGAAGAGGUAUUCUUCUUCGUGAUACAGACCUACAAUACUACGCUACUGUACCUGCUGUUCAGCAAGGCCGUCUUGAAAGAGGUGUACCUGGUGAGGGAGGACCAAGGCCGGACAGGGCAGAAAUGGAAGUAUAUCAAGCUGGGAGGACAACUCGUGCUGGGCCUGGCGCUCAAGCAAGGUAUCACUUAUGUGAAGGAGAAUAAGCAAAACACAUACCUGGGACUAAUCCUGGUGUGGGCUUUCCCAUUCCUUCUUCUUCUCUGGAGUCUUGGAUACCAACUUCUCAUCAAUCUGCCAAUCUACUGCACAGCAAUUCCAAUCGCCUUGCCAACAUUCUACCUCUGGGUUGUGGAUACACUAGCAUUGAAGAGAGGGACAUGGGUGAUUGAGCAUGGCACAAAGACAGGUGUGACAUUGUGGGAAGGACUGGAAAUUGAGGAGGCCAUUUUCUUCCUUCUCACCAACCUGCUCAUCGUCUGCGGCUUGGUAGCAUUCGACAAUGCAAUCGCAGUACUCAAUGCCUUUCCGGCCCACUUCCCCACAGUCCCGGGAAUGCCAAGCCCCGUCCUCUUGGUCAAAGCACUACUACUGCCAGCUCGUGCCUACGAUGACGAUCGCAUCUCUGGAUUGCAACAAAGCGUGGAAAGGCUGAAGAGAAAGAGCCGAAGCUUCUAUCUGGCUUCCUCCACAUUUCAGGGACGAUUGAGGAUUGAUCUCAUCAUACUCUAUUCUUUCUGCAGAGUCGCAGACGACCUAAUCGACAACGCCAAGGACCAGAAGGAAGCGAGAGAAUGGCUGGCAAAGCUCAAGAAGUAUCUUGACUUGUCUUAUGCGACUGCAGAGCAGGAUGCCCAAGGCAAUGUCAUUCAGAGCAAAGACGUCAACCGCGGACAAGCAACGCUUUUCACCAUGCAUAACUUCCCUCCUGAUGCACAGUUGACACUGCUCCUUUUGCCAACACAGCGGCUCAGCAAGGAACCACUCAACGAACUGCUGAAGGGCUUCGAGAUGGACCUUCAAUUUGCGGAUAAGAAAGAGAAGGGGUCAAGUUCAGGACCGAUCAAGAGUGAAGAAGACUUGGACUUGUACGGAGGCAGAGUUGCAGGGACUGUCGCUUUACUCGUCAUCCAGCUCGUCCUCCAUCACUACCCAGGAGCAUCAGAACCCAAGGCUCGACAACUAAUGUCUGCUGGUCACAAAAUGGGCAUCGCAUUGCAAUAUACCAAUAUUGCUCGCGAUCUCGGAGUCGAUGCACAGAUUGGUCGGUGCUACGUGCCGCCGGGAUGGCUAAAGAAAGAGAAGCUUAGUCCCGAAGCUAUGGUCGCCGGACUCAUAACACCAGGCCAGGUCGACGACUUCUUCUUCAAGAAAGUUGAGCUCAUCCGCAGUCGUCUCCUCGAUCGUGCCUUCUCCUUCUAUGGACAAUCUGUGGGCGCGAUUGAGGAGCUACCGCGCCCUGCACGAGCUCCUAUGCGGGUAGCAGUAGAAAGCUACAUGCAGAUUGGCAGAGAGCUGCGAAGACCCGGAUACCUGGUGAAGGCUGGUCGCGCGACGGUACCUAAAUGGAAAAGGUUAUGGGUGGCUUGGAAGCGACUGAUAAGUCCGGCGCCGCAAGAACGAUAA